AUGGAGAUUGCUGUGCGACGUGACAGAAAUCCGUUAACUCUUAGUACAAAAAUGCUAACUGGUGGAAAUUUGUUGCAGAUAUUGUCCGGUUAUAAUGGUAUUUGGGUUCCAACUGAGAGAGACAACAUACCCGCUGAGGCAGUAGUCGGUGGAUGUACAGAAUACUUAGAAACAAUGUUUGUUGGUAGCGCAAUACAUGAGAAAUAUAUCAUACCCGGGAAAGUAGUCCCUUCACACAAAGUUUGCUACGUCCCAUAUGAUGGGAGAGAAAUCGCUAAACCUAAAUAUGUGACUUUAGUUACAGCAAGCUAG